AUGAGCAUCCCUGCCAACCUGUACCCCGGACUGAACGACAUCGUGGACGUGCUGGAGCAGUUUCCCCUCGAGACGUCGAGAUACGUGACGUUGCUGCACGAAAUAGAUGCCAAGUGUGUGCAUUCGACGCCGAGCCUGAACGACAAGAUCGAUGCGUUUGCGUCGGUGGAGGGCAACGGUGGCGUCGAUAAGAAGGAUCUGCUGGGCCAGAUGAACGCGCUGUUUGAGGAGCUGAUGCCCUCCCUGGAGGAGAAGAUGCAUGUGUCGUCGAUCAUGCUGGAGUCGCUGCAGAGACUGACGACGAGGCUCGAGCUGGCGUACGAGAUCGCAAUACGGAACCAGGAGAUACCCAGCAGCCUGCGGCUCGGGGCAGACAACCACCCGGCAAUGCAUUUGCACCACGAGCUCAUGGAGAAGAUCGACGCCAAGUCCAACGGGGCCGGCGUUGCCGGCCCCGCUGGCGCAAAGAGCUCGCAGGCGCUGCGAAGCGAGUCCAGACGAGAGGCGAUGGUCGCCAACAAGAGACAGGUCGCAGUGCCGAACGACGCAGCAGACGACGCUGCGUUCUCCGACUUCGAACUGCAAAGACGCGGCACGUCGAUGAGCUCGAACGGCGGCCCAGCAGACACCAAGAAGCGCAAGAGGAGGGCCAACGUGAGCACAGUGGCGCUCUCGAGGGACGACGCGGACUCGUCAAAGCUCAGGACCAACGAGUACGGCGAAAUCCUCUACUGCUACUGCAACCAGGUCGCCUACGGCGAGAUGGUCGGCUGCGACGGCGCCAAUUGCGAGCUCGAGUGGUUCCACCUGCCGUGUAUCCAUCUGGACCACAUCCCCAAGGGCAAAUGGUACUGCGAUGACUGCAAGAAGAGGAAGAAUUGA